AACUGAAGAACAGACAGAUGCAGAUCUGAUUACUAAUUCACUCCCUCAUUCGCUACUGCUCUCCCUCUGGAAAUCGGGGCCAUAUCUAAAUUUAUUCAUACAAAAAUACUCAAUUCCGGAUCGCCGAUCUCUACUCUUUUUUUCGAUAACAGGUGGAAAAUGGAGAAAUCAUGUUCUUUGCUGGUACAUUUUGAUAAGGGCACACCAGCCCUUGCCAAUGAGAUCAAGGAGGCACUUGAAGGGAAUGACAUUCCUGCUAAGAUUGAUGCCAUGAAAAAUGCAAUCAUGCUUUUGUUAAAUGGCGAAACCCUGCCUCAGCUCUUCAUCACUAUUGUUAGAUACGUGUUACCCUCUGAGGAUCACACUGUUCAGAAACUACUAUUGCUAUACUUGGAGAUCAUUGACAAGACUGAUGGAAAGGGGCGUGUUUUACCCGAAAUGAUCUUAAUCUGCCAGAAUCUGAGAAAUAAUCUUCAGCAUCCUAAUGAAUACAUUCGCGGUGUCACCCUAAGGUUCCUUUGUCGGCUGAAUGAGGUGGAGAUUAUAGAACCUUUAAUCCCCUCCAUUAUGUCAAACUUGGAGCAUCGACACCCUUAUAUUAGGAGAAAUGCAAUUCUUGCUGUGAUGUCAAUUUACAAGCUCCCGCAAGGCGAACAGCUCUUGGUUGAUGCACCAGAGACGAUUGAGAAGUUCCUCUCGACAGAGCAGGAUGCUUCAGCUAAGAGAAAUGCAUUCCUGAUGCUUUUCAAUUGUGCGCAGGACCGUGCUGUUAAUUACCUUUUGACCAACGUUGAUAGAGUAUCAGACUGGGGGGAACUACUUCAGAUGGUUGUCUUAGAGCUGAUCCGAAAAGUUUGUCGCACGAACAAAGCUGAAAAAGGAAAAUAUAUUAAGAUUAUUAUAUCUUUACUGAAUGCCCCUUCAGCUGCCGUUGUCUAUGCACGUCCUGGAACCCUUGUUUCUCUCUCUUCUGCUCCAACAGCUAUUAGAGCUGCGGCCAACACAUAUUGCCAUGAUAUUAUGGUGACGAUGAUUAUGGAUGUUCUGAGGGCAUUAUCCAGCCCAAAUCUUGACAUCCGAAGGAAAACACUUGAUAUGAUACUGGAACUUAUUACACCCCGCAAUGUCAAUGAGGUGGUUCUUACUUUGAAGAAGGAAGUUAUGAAAACUCAAAGUGGGGAGCUUGAGAAGAAUGGGGAGUAUCGUCAAAUACUCAUUCAAGCCAUCCAUUCUUGUGCUAUAAAGUUCCCUGAAGUGGCAAGCACAGUUGUUCAUUUGUUGAUGGAUUUCCUGGGAGACAGCAAUGUUGCCUCUGCAAUGGAUGUUGUCAUUUUUGUUCGAGAGAUAAUCGAAACCAACCCUAAGUUAAGGGUUUCUAUCAUCUCCCGGCUUUUGGAUACUUGUUAUCAGAUUCGGGCAGCUAGAGUUUGCUCUUGUGCUCUUUGGAUCAUUGGAGAGUAUUCCUUAUCCCUUUCUGAAGUUGAGAGUGCCAUUGCAACCAUAAAGCAGUGUCUUGGGGAUUUACCAUUUUUUUCUAUUUCUGAAGAUGAGGAAGCAGGCGAUUCUUCAAAAAAACCUCAGCAGGCUACCUCAAUAACUGUGUCAUCUAGAAGACCUGCUAUUCUUGCUGAUGGGACUUAUGCAACUCAAAGUGCUGCCUCUGAAACUGCUUUCUCCGCUCCAGCUGUAGUUCAAGGAUCUUUGACUACUGGGAAUUUGAGAUCUCUUCUUCUCACUGGUGAUUUUUUCCUUGGAGCUGUUGUUGCAUGUACCCUAGCAAAGCUCAAUCUGAGAUUAGAGGAGGUUCAGCCGUCAAAGAUUGAAUUGAACAAAGCAUCAAGCGAUGCGUUGUUGAUCAUGGUCUCAAUGCUGCAGCUUGGACAAUCUUCCGUUCUCCCUCAUCCAAUUGAUAAUGAUUCUUAUGACAGGAUUGUUCUUUGCAUAAGAUUGCUGUGUAAUACUGGGGAUGCUGUGAGGAAGAUCUGGUUGAAGUCUUGCCGCGAGAGUUUUGUUAAAAUGCUUUCAGAUAAACAGCUACGUGAAACUGAAGAAAUUAAGGCAAAGGCUCAGAUUUCUCAUUCACAGCCUGAUGACCUUAUUGAUUUCUACCAUUUGAAGAGCAGAAAGGGCAUGAGCCAGCUGGAGCUGGAAGAUGAGGUACAAGAUGAUCUGAAACGUGCUACUGGGGAGUUUGUUAAGGAUGCAGAUGACGCGAAUAAGCUCAACCGUAUAAUUCAACUCACAGGAUUUAGUGAUCCAGUAUAUGCUGAAGCUUAUGUGACAGUUCAUCAAUACGAUAUUGUCCUGGAUGUUACAGUUAUUAAUAGAACGAAGGAGACCCUUCAGAAUUUGUGUUUGGAGUUGGCAACAAUGGGUGAUCUUAAACUUGUUGAGCGUCCUCAGAAUUAUACUUUAGCACCCUUGUCAAGCAAGCAAAUCAAAGCAAACAUUAAGGUGUCCUCUACUGAGACUGGUGUCAUAUUUGGAAACAUUGUCUAUGAGACGUCAAAUGUGCUUGAGCGAACUGUUGUCGUCCUCAAUGAUAUCCAUAUUGAUAUCAUGGACUACAUAUCACCUGCUGUUUGUAGUGAUACUGCGUUUAGAGCCAUGUGGGCAGAAUUCGAAUGGGAAAACAAGGUUGCUGUAAACACCACAAUUACAAGUGAAAAGGAAUUUCUCGAUCAUAUUAUCAAAUCAACCAACAUGAAAUGCCUAACUGCAAUAUCUGCUCUAGAAGGUGAAUGUGGAUUCUUGGCUGCUAACUUAUAUGCAAAGAGUGUAUUUGGGGAGGACGCAUUGGUAAAUGUGAGUGUUGAAAAGCAAGGAGAUGGGAAACUGAACGGAUAUAUCAGGAUAAGAAGCAAGACUCAAGGAAUUGCUCUCAGCUUGGGGGACAAGAUCACUCUUAAGCAAAAGGGAGGAAGCUGAUGGUUUUUAGGCUCAAGUUUUCAUGAUUUGCAAUGGAGCCAUUAGAGAAACCUUUUUGGGAGAAGAGAUUCAGAUUUGUCCGGGAUACAUGUUUACAUUGCUAUUUACUUAAAAAUGUGAUGACUGAAUUAUACUGAGAUAUUCUUUUUUUUUUUUGUAGAGGUUGUAUCUUUGUGAUGAUAUUUUGUUUAAAUACUUGUAAUAGAUUCUUGUUUUUAUUUUUGGCUGCAAAAAGCGAUCAUUAGUUAUAAUGAUGUCAGACUCUCAUAAUAGCCCAGUCAAUAUUUUUUCAAAAAAUAUUUUGAAUUUUGUAUAU